CCAGACGCAAAUAUAUAAAACACGGUCUGCGUUGGAAGAGGGUCAAACAACAAGGUGCUUCAGAACUGUUUGUGACCUGUGUGAAUCGAUUGAGUUUCAUCCUUCGAAAAAAAUCAGGCAUCCAUACUGCAAAUACCAAGUUAAGAUGAAAUUGUUAGUAGUACUCUGUCUGGUGGCAACUGCCCUGGCUUACCCAGUCGACCUACCGGAAGAAACUCCCCUAGCUAUCCCGGAACUCGGCACCGCAGUGAAAGCGGAAGAAAUCGCUGUGGUGGAGAAGAAAGUCGAAGAACCCCAAUCCGACGAAAGCCUGUCGUCUUCAUCCGAAGAAGACAAGAAACCGGAAGUAGCGUUGCCAGCCAAAUUGGCCGAGGAAAAACCAAUCCCGGAAAAACCCAUAUUGAAAACCGAGGAGAAGUUGGAAAAACCCAGGGCUGAAGAGAAGAAGGAAAAACGCGAGGAACCCAAACUCGAAGAACCACUCAAACCGGAAGAGAAGAAGGAAAUCGUCGAAGUCAAACCUGAGGAGAAAAUCGAGUUGAAACAUGUGCCGGUAGAGGAGAAAGUCCCGGAAAAAAUCGAGAGUGUGGUACCACAAGUGAAAUCGAUCGCACCGGAACCAGUGCGCGAAGUCAAACCGGAAAGUGAAGUAAAAACACCGGAAGUACCAGCCGUCGCCGAACCAAUCGCACUCCCCGCCUUGAAAUCCGCCAAACCGGAAGGAGUAGCCGCCGAAAUCAAGGAACAAGUUGUUUUACCGAGCGAACAAAAAGUCGAGGUGGUUCCGGUUGCCGAGGAAAAAGUACCGGAGUUGAAAUCCGCGGAAAAAAUCCCGGAAGCCAUCCCCGAGAAGCUUGAAGAGAAGAAAACCGAAGUCGUCGUCGAAUUGGAGAAGAAAUCCAAAGCCGAAGCCAUCAUCCCGGAAGUAAAGCCGGAAGAGAAACUCCCAGAGAAGAUCGAAGAACCAAAGUUGGAGAAAAUCGCUGAGAAACCAAUCGAAGGCAAAUCCGAACCACUUCCGGUAGAGCCAAUUGUCAAAACCAACACCGAAGUCAAAGAGGAAGUAAAACCGGAAGUAAAGUCCGAGUUGAAACCGGAAGAAGUCAAACCAGCGGAACUCCCCAAGAAGGAGGAGGCAGCCAAAUUAGAAGAAAAACCUUUGGAGAUGCCGGAAAAACUCCCUGAACCCAGUGCGAGCUCCUAGAUUUACUGAAAAUACGAAACGAAAUCAAAAAAAAAAAUAAGAAAUGACUGAGGAGGUUUGCUUAGCCCUAUUGUUUUCACCCACUUAAGAUUUUCUAUUUUUUAAAUAAUAAUAAUGAAUGAAUCGAAAAUGACUGGGCCAACCGGACCUCGGCUAAAAUAGAUGUAAUUUUUAUUUAUGUGCUCAACUUACUACAGGUUAUCAAACGCCGAAUCGCUGUGUUUUGUUGUAAAAACCAUUGUUUUUUAUUUUAAAAGUUGAAAUCUUGUCAAUAUCUCGAGCGAAUCAUUCUAUUUAUCUAGUGUAAUUGACACACUGCGUAGAUUGUUGUUGCUCCGAUCUACAAUUACUACACCUAGGUAUAAAUUUUUAACGAUAGGUAUUUUAUUGUAUUCAAAGCUUUAAAUAAAGUUUUAUACAUA